AUGCCUUCCAAAGACGGACAUUCAGAAUCUCGAAAUGCUGAAAUUAUAUUGGAAGUUACACAAAGUUUGAAGAAUACAUAUUGUCUAAAGCACGGGUUAAGUGAUAUACAAUGUGCCAAAGAUUUAAUCAAGGUGAAUCUGACCGGGACAACAUUGGGUGAGAUGUGUAUGCCCGAGUAUUACAACAACAAUUCGUGCAUCGGGUACGAGUAUGACUAUCGUAGUUUUGACGGAUCUUGUAACAACGUGAAACGUAAAUAUUUGGGGAAGGCGAAUACACCUUAUAAACGUUUGCUGUUUCCAGUCUACACAGAUGGUGUUUACAAAAUGCCAAAUAUUUACGAAGAAUUGCUGCCUAAUCCUAGAUCAGUGAGCACAAGUUUUGUAAAAGACGAGAACUCGACUGACCAAACAAAAACGAUGAUGAUGGCGUACUGGGCGUUGUUCAUAGGCCACGAUCUAUCACACACGCCAUUUUCUACUAUGGGGAAAGACAACAGAUUUGUAAAUUGUUGUGAUAAGGACAAAAGUAUUCAAUCUUCUCUGAUCAAAAACAUUAGGUCCUGCAAGCCCAUAUUUAUACCGAAUGAAGAAAAGUUCUUUAAAACAGAUCCGUUUGAUUGCAUGAACUACGUGCGUUCGCGGCCAGCAGUGCGUUCUGAUUGUACAUUUGGACCCAUGGAACAAAUGAACCAAGCUACCCAUUAUUUAGACGCGUCGAUGAUAUAUGGUACGACGGAACAACAAAUGAUGUCGUUGAGACAUACUAGUGACGGUUCCGGCACUUGUUAUAAGUUUGGCGACAUUCGAGCAAACGCGUUCCCUCAACUUUCUACCUUGUACAUGCUGUGGAUAAAUGAACACAACCGGUUAUCCUACCAACUGUCUCGAGAAAAACCUAACUGGACUGACGAUCAACUUUUCUGGGAGACCAGGAAAAUCGUGACGGCGUGCAUUCAGCACAUCACGUACAACGAAUGGCUGCCGGCACUGCUUGGCGUUAACUACACCAAGGAAAACGGUUUGGGACUGGGAAACAGUACCACGUAUGACGAGAAUGCCGACCCGACAGUUAGCAACAGCUUCGCGACCGCGAUACUGCCUUUUGCCAAUUCCAUGAUCACCGAUAAAAUUAGUUCUUACGAUGUCACUGUGUACAAUGAUUUAAAAAACAUAUAUCCUGUCUUUUGGAACGAUUUUAAAUACAUAAAAGGAUCCUUAAAGGAAACUUAUAACCGACCGUUAUUGGUGGAGGAUCUUAUUGACUUUGAAAGGAUUCUAGGAGGACUAAUUUUGCAGCCAACACAAAAAGUUGACAUGCUGUUUACUCAAACAAUAACAAAUUACUUGUAUAGUAUUGAUCCAAAUAAUUCGUUUGGAAUGGACGUUCUCAGCUUGGAUAUACAACGAAGCCGCGAUCACGGUAUUCCAAGCUAUACGCAAUUUAGAAAAUAUUGUGGACUCAAAGACAUAGAAAACAAGCAAGAUUUGUCUAAAAUAAUGGUGGAUGGUUCAGCUGAUAGAUUAUUGAAGCUAUACAAAACUUGGAACGAUAUAGAUCUAUUGGUUGGUGCAUUGUUGGAAAAACACGUUGACGACGCAAUGGUUGGCCCUACGAUGAGAUGUAUCAUCAGGGAACAAUUUGUGAGAACAAGAAUUGCAGAUAGAUAUUUUUAUGACGCACCAGGAGUAUUCUCUGAUUAUCAACUUAAAGAGAUCAAACAAGUGACGCUUGCCAGAAUUUUAUGUAAUAACUAUUGGCACGGAAGUACAACACUACAUGUCUUUUCGAGACAUGAGGUAUUUGAUCAAUCAACAUUUCAUCACUGUGACCCGAUAUUAAUUCCGGAAAUCGACACAUGGAGUUGGUUUGAUACAUUUAAGUAAUAGUAAAAAAAGCUAAGUCUUUUUUAUAAGAAAAUAAUUUUAAGUGUUCGUAAAACAUAAAAUUAUCACAUGAUUUGAAUGUAUAGCCAUAAUAUUUUGUUUUAUAUACCUACCUACAAAUUUAUAAAAUAGAAAUAUAUCAUAAAUAUCUUUGAUUGGGAUUUCAAAAUAAAUUAUUAAAUCUAAAAAUUAAUUGUACGCAUUUGAAUAUGGAAUGUUUUUUGAUAAUAUCUUCCUGGUAUAAAUACGUUUUUUUAUCAUUCUUUUUUCUUUUUUGUUUGAACAACAUAAUUCAAGAUGCUCUUUCUUACAAAACCACGAUGUAACUAGUAUGACUCACUGACUGUAUAGUUCCAUUCACCCCCAAUACUUCCUUUUUUGCUUUUAAACAUUGAUUAACCAUUUGUUGUUCUUUUUGCAGUAUGCAUCAUGUAAUACUUGAUUAAAAAUAUUUUAAAUAUUAAUUAUAAUUUAUAUUAUGUUUAAUUCAUCAAAUAUAUUUUAUUAAUUUAU